AGCAUAAUUUCUUCACCAUGGCCUCAAAAACUGAUGCCACAGUCAAAAAGAAAAAUAAACCUCUAAACAAACGACCUAAUUUAGCCUCCAAGAAGACUUUUCAUCUCUCUAAGCCUCAUCAGUUCAAUGUAUGUGGCGAAAAGUACGAGUGUAGUGUUGACGACGGGAGAGAGGGAAAGACAGAGUACCAGCUGACUGCGUAUGUAAACCCGUCUUUCUCACUACAUGAAAAGGACAGAGUUCAACCCCCUGCUCAGGCCCGUGAUGAAGUCACAUUCGCCCCACACAGACGACCUGGUCAAUUUCAGGAUUUUGUUCCACGCAAGACAGCGACCAACACCAUCUCUGCUAGGAUUAGGGAAAAUGAAAUUUCUCUGCCCAUUAUGAACACCUUAGUCUACCAGCGGCCAUUCUUUGAUCCAGCUGAGAACGCAGACAGCUUAGUCCACAUUGAUGUGGAUGAUCGGAUCCCAUUACAGCCUAAAAGCCGACACUCUAAACUCGCCAAGAUCUGGGAUGAGCUCAAUUGCUGCACUAAACAUCGCUGCGAAGUCAGAAAAGAUCACAUCUCCUGGCCCGUGGUUGGCUCCCUUGUGGUGCGCGGACCUGAAGGAGAAUUAGAAGGUAGAUAA